GGAGUUCCUAUUUCCUGGUUGAAGAGUCAGCCAUUUUGGGUUUCAACCGACUAGACUUUGCGGCAGCAGCUAGCCAGCUAGUUACUUUUUAAUCGGGAGGAAGGUUAUUGUUUCUAGCAUAUCUUCACGCCGCGGAGUUGUUUUGUUAGAAGACAAGCGGUUUCACAGUGUCCAGUCCACGAUGAAUCCCGAAUAUGACUAUUUAUUCAAGCUGCUCUUGAUUGGUGACUCUGGUGUUGGAAAGUCUUGCCUUCUUCUCCGAUUUGCAGAUGACACAUACACAGAAAGCUACAUUAGCACUAUUGGUGUGGACUUUAAAAUAAGAACUAUAGAAUUAGACGGAAAGACCAUCAAACUUCAAAUCUGGGAUACAGCAGGGCAAGAGAGGUUUCGCACAAUCACAUCCAGCUACUACAGAGGAGCACAUGGCAUUAUUGUAGUCUAUGAUGUUACAGAUCAGGAGUCCUUCAAUAAUGUUAAACAGUGGCUACAGGAGAUUGACCGCUAUGCCAGUGAAAAUGUUAACAAGUUAUUGGUUGGCAACAAAUGUGACUUAACAACAAAAAAAGUGGUGGACUACACAACAGCAAAGGAAUUUGCAGAUUCCCUUGGCAUUCCUUUCUUGGAAACUAGCGCUAAGAAUGCUACCAACGUGGAGCAGGCCUUCAUGACCAUGGCUGCUGAGAUCAAGAAGAGAAUGGGCCCCGGAGCCACAGCUGGAGGCGCUGAGAAGUCUAACGUGAAGAUCCAGAGCACUCCGGUGAAGCCUGCAUCUGGAGGCUGCUGCUGAGGCCCCCUCAACCCCGACCCCCGGCACCUCGGCCCCUGGAUCUUGGAGCAAGAGUCCCCACAAUAGGAGAAAGGAAGGGGAAUAGAUCAUUUGUUAUGGAGCAAAGAGUGAAUAUGGAGAAAUAGAAAGAAUAAAAGAGAGAGUGUGAAACAGGCAACAAUUUAAGUUACCCAAGUUGUACUGUAUGUAGCCGCACUACCAAAAACAUUCAAAAAUCUGCUGCCCCCUCCCCCCUUGCUUUUCACAAACAAUAACUGAUGAGAUGUCCAAGAUUUGGUAACGGUCAGUCCCCUUCACCCCUGUUGUCUGUCAGGGGCUGCUUUUAACCAACCCCACAUCAAGAAAGGAUGGAUUUCAUUCUCAUUCAACGAUUUUAAAUCCUCUGUGUGCAGGUUUCUAAGAAUAACGUGUGUAUUUAUCUCACUGCAUUCCUACUGCAGGGCUGGUCUGUGGUCAAAAUUCAAUGACGUUUUGUUUUUCUGUCCUUUUGCUUUUCUUACUUUAUUCUUACUUGAUUAUUUUACUGUUUAUAUUUGCAUGUGUAGGUUUCUGUCACCACAGAUUGUUUUGCCAGUCUGUUGCGAUCAACCGGGCAGCGGUGGUUCACAGCCCAAUAUCUGUUUAGUAAAAUAUAUGUACAUAUACAUUAUGUAUAUAUAUGUAAGAUCUGAAUUGACAGCUCUGUAGAGUUAAAUACAUGAUUCAAGUACUUUUACCUUUUUCAUUUAAGUUGUGGCUGCAGACUUGUAGUUACGUUGCGCAAUGUGUAACAGUUAACAAAAAUAUAAAUAAAUAUUGUACGACCAUACUGUACAAUAUCGGUAUGUCUGCAAUUCUUGGUGGGACAUGUAGAAACCCUUUGUGUUUUAUUUAUUCAACAUUUAUAUGCAAAUCUAUUGAUCCAAUAAUCUAAAAUCUCUUGAUAUUGGCCAUUUACCUGCGGAAUACAUUGAAAGAAACAAUUUCACAAUCGCAUAUGUGACAAACACUAUGUUCUCUUUUUCAUAAUAAAGGCAAAUGAAUUCAUUUUUGAAUGAACUUGGAAA